AUGUCUCUCAGAUACAUCACCUCCCUCGCCAUCAUGGCCACCGCUGUCCUGGCAAAGACCGACCUCGCCGGCUGCGUCUCCUCAGACUCCGUCGUCACACCCACCCAGGGCGGCACACCCUACGCAACCCGCGUCUGGUACGUCCCCGGCACCGGCGAGAUCUGCGCCGCCCUCGACUGCGGCGGCGGCCGCGCCCCUCCCAAGACCACCGUCCCCGGCUGCCCUUCCUACGAGGGCACCGAGACCUACUCGCCCUCCUUCCUGCCCCUGCAGACCAGCGCCGCGCCCGUGGUCUCGACGACUGUGGCACCCGUCACCACCACUGCCGCCCCGGAGACUACCGCCAGUGCCUCUGACAGUACUUCUGUUGCCACCGUGACCGCGUCGACGGACUCUGCCGCUGUUGAGAGCGAGACGGCUGCGUCUGCGACGGCUGUUGUUGUUACUUCGAGCGGCUUCAGCAAUGCUACCAUGACUACCCUGACAACGGGGGCUGGGUCGGUAUCCGGAAGCCAGUCUGCUCGUAGCACGCGGGCUGUUGGUUCUGCUGCGACUACUGCUGCUACUACCAACAGCCCUAACGCCGCUGUUCCUACCGGCGCGUCUCGCGAGCUGUUUGGAUUGGUGGCUGGUGUUGCUAUCGGCGCCGCCUUGUUGUAA